AUGCCGGAGGGAGAGCCCAGGCGAACGGACAGGAAGGCUCCCCGCGCUGCCCUCCUGUUCGCCCUGAUGAUUGCGCUCCUUCCCUUUGGCCGGGCUCAGGUGCAUUCUGACGCAGCAGAAGAGUCCACGGAUGAGCCAACAGAUAUAUCUGAUGAAGUGGAAACUACAGAUAAAGACACUAUUAUAAGUACAGCUGUUACAACAGUGACCACAGAAACAUUAACUGAAAGUAUGAAUUCUACCCUCAUUGAUGAGGAAGAUCAACAGUUAGAGUUUAUAUUAAUGGUGUCGAUCCCAUUGGUUUUAUUGGUACUCCUACUCUUAUCAGUGGUAUUCAUUAUAAUAAACUAUAAAAGAAAAAAAACUAAACAAGAAGCUUCUAUCCAAGGAUCUCAGAGUGUUUUCCAGACAUAUGAACUGGGAAACGACAACUUGAAAGUCCCUAUUUUUGAGGAAGACACACCGUCUGUUAUGGAAAUAGAAAUGGAAGAGCUUGAUAAAUGGAUGAACAACAUGAAUAGAAAUGCCGACAGUGAAUGUUUACCUACUUUAAAAGAAGAAAAGGAAUCAAACCACAACCCAAGUGACAGUGAAUCCUAAAACUGAAUGGUGCUAAUGUUUACCAGAGAAGCAGCUCCGGAGGGAGCCUGCAGGACCUGCCAACAGAGGAUGAAGAGG